AUGGCGGUGCGAGCCCCGUCGGCGCGUGCAGGUAGGAUGGACGCGGAGCCACCCUUUCAGGAAUCGUCGGGUAAUUUGCGGUACGGGGAUGCGGACGGGGCGCGAGUGACGCGGACGGAGGCGGGGCGCGAGGUGCCGCGGUGGCCGACGAGAGAGGACGCGCUGUCGGACCUGUUCGACCACUUCGAUCUGCACUUCACGGGGCGCAUCUCGGCCGACCAGCUGCUCGAAAUGAACCGCUCUCUGAAGGCCAUGGUGCCAGACAUUCCGUGCCCGCACGUCGCGGCGCUGGAGUACGCGCGCAGCGCAGCGCACGAGGCGGACGAGGAGGCGAUAGCGGACGGCCGGGAGCCGGCGCCGGUGGACGGAUACAUCGGGCGGCCGCAUUUCAUGGGGUUUUGCGAGGUGGCGACCAAGGACCUGACCGACGGGCAGGUCAUCGAGCUCGUGAGGAAGAUUCUCGCGCAGUCCCACGCGGCCAUGGAUAAGAAGAAGCAGGUCAUUCAGGCGCGCCUGGUGCCGACGCUGCGCGAGGAGCUGAUGCACAUGUUCCGCGAGCUCGAAAACUUCCACCUCGACACCGCGGCGGGCACCAACCUCGACCACGGUUACCUCCCCCUCAACUUCAAACACUUCAACCCUCUCGCGCACCUGGGCCAGCGCUUCACGACGCAAACCGUCCAGGACGCGGAGCGCGAGGCGCAGCGCAUGGAGGAGCUCCACCUCGUCCGGCAGACGCUGCAUCUGCCGGAGCCCCACCAGAGCCCUGUCACAACCAUCACGGGGGAGCUCAAGACGCUGGGGCGCACGCCGAAGCUGUCGGAGCGCGCCGCGGAGGCCGCGGAGCGCGCCACGCGCGCGUUCGCGCACCUGAUCGACAGCGAGGGCGGGGGCGACGGGCGGGCGGUCACGCUGGCGGACGUGACCGAGGUGCUGGAGGCGUGUUUCUCGUCCGAGGCGACGGACGCGGCGGUGGAGGCGUGCCGGGCGGGCCCGCACGCGGUCCUCGCGGCGGAGCCCGCGGAGGACGAGCCGGCGGCGGUCGACGUCGUGGCGGCGCUGAUGAUGCAGCUCGCCACGCACGUCGACGAGGCCACGUACGAGGAGAAGGUCUCGUCGCUGCUCGAGACGAUCAAGGAGAUACUGAAAGACAACUGA